CCACAAGAAGGGGAAGGGAAAAUGUGUGGUGCUGGUGGCUGGUCGUUUCUCGUUUGGUAAGGGCUGGCUGCCUGGAAGAGGACACAAGUCCUCUAGCUCCUGGUUGUGGAAGUGGGAACUGAGUAGGAGAAGUAGAAAUCUAGUAGGCAAGAAUUUAACUUGAUUUUUAAAGGGACGCUGGGUUUUCAUCUGUGUCUGCUGCCUACCAAAGGCUCUGUGACUUGUUAUGCAGAGCUUGACCUGCCACAGUGGAACUCAUGGUAACAGCACUGGGCAUAAGAGCAUGCUUGGCUGCAUCAAAGGCUUGGGAGUGACAGCUGCACAAUACAACUUGUUAAAUGCAUGGCUGUCCUUGUUUUCUCCUGUGUUGGGAUCAUCAGUCUUUGCUUUAGGUGCACAUUUCAAGGGGUCAUCAUACCUCCUGCCAGUGAUGCUGACAGGAAGACUGCUCUUUGGCUCUGGAGAUGGGUCACUUACUAUUGUGCAGAAUUGUAUCACAGCCUUCUUGUUCAAGGGGAAGGAACUGGCACUGGCAUUUGGACUGACUUUGUCUUUCUCCCGACUUGAGAGUGUCCUCAACUUCUUCUCCACCCAGCAGUUUGAGGCAAAAUUUGGAAUACAGUGGACACUGUGGGGAGGUACCCUGCUCUGUGUGCUUGGUUAUGUUGUUUCAGCCCUCACAGUCAGUGUACUAGAUAAAGUGGGCAUAAAGUAGCAGGGCUUGGAUGGGAUUAUACAGCAGGAAUCCAAAUACGUGUGGAUUCAGGGCAUCAAGCAACUUUGCCUCUGCUACUGGCUGCUGGUCCUCACCAUCAUGUUCUGCUAUAAUAGAAUCUUUCCUUUUGUGGCAGAUGCCAGCAAGUUUAUCCAGGAUAAAUACUCUAGUUACAGCCAGCAGGCAGCCACUUAGAUUGCUGGGGCAGUGUAUGACAGCUCCCUUGUUCUGUCUGCAGCAGCUGGCAUGUUAAUUGACUGUGUUGGACUGAGAGGUGUCUUUGCUGUCAGCUGUGCUGCACUGACUCUGCCAGUCUUCGCUCUCCUGGCAUUUACGUUUGUUCCUCCAUUAGUCUCCACUGUCUGGUUGGUGAUUACUUACUCCUUUGCUCAGGCUAGCAUGUGGCCAUCCAUACCUCUUGUGGUCCCCCAAGCAACCUUAGUGAUGGCAGUGGGGCUUGCAACUUCCACACAAAUGGUUGGAGUUGGCCUUUUGAAUCUGAUCAUGGGACGCAUUCUAGGAACACAGUCUAGCGAAUUAAAGACCCCUGUGUGGCACUGGCAACAGGUGAUGAUCUUUAUGUUGUCAAACACUGUAGCAUGCACUGCUGCCUCCAUGAGCCUCAAUGUUGUGGACAAGAGAUAAGUUAAGUGUGGUAAGAGGUAAAGAAUAGCCUGGCAUCACCAAGUUGCUUUUAUUGAUGUAAUAGGUGUUGGGUGUGUAUUCCAGCAGUUCCCCUGACAUAAAAAUGGGACUGUAUAAAAAGAGAACUCUCAGCUAUACUACUGCUGCAGUGUGUAGUGGUCUUACCUACUUUUGAGCUGUUGGUGGCUGUGGUUUUUGGCAAAAAGGUGAGGGGCAGGGCCAAGACACAGUGUAGCAGUACAUGUGUACAAGAAGAACUCUCUCCUUCUGGUCACUAAUUGCUGCUUUGAAUUUCUAGGGUGGAACACUGAACAGAACAAGAAAGGGUACGCAUGUGGAGCAGGACAGAGGCCCUGCAGGUGCAGCACCACUCUUUGGUGAUGGAACAGGGGAUGAGGGCUCUGUCAGCUGAACCUUGGCUGUAUUAGAACAGUGACAGCUGCCAGGCACAGCACUGAUCACUUCCACUUCGAAGUAGAUUUUUAUUCUGUGUAUUUUAAAUGUCUUUGAAGGGAACUGUCCACAGAAAAUUAACAUUUCCACUUUGUUAUGCCUGGCACAUAUACAGGAGGUGUUUACUGCAUGGUUCUUGGGUAUUCUCUGACACACAGAAACCUGCGUUGGGUAGCACUUCAAGAGCAACACUACAGUGAAUACAGUGGACCUGGCUGAAGCUUGUUCAUAAGGCACUGGAGAGCUGCUUCUCAAUC